GGAGCGGGGCCGGCGCCUGCCGCAGAGCUGCGCGUGCGCCGUCGCCCAGCGUGGGCUGCGAGUUGCCAGGACCGGCGGCGACAGCUUCGUGGGGCUCGGCCUCUGGGGCCUGCGGGUGGCGGCGGCCGGGGCGGCGCGGCGGCUGGUGCGCAGGUGUGCGGAUACUGAAGUACUAUGAGCUUUCGGAACUUCUGGAGAGAUUACAAAGUUCUGGUUGUUAUGGUACCUCUCGUUGGUCUCAUACACUUGGGGUGGCACAGGAUCAAAAGCAGCCCUGUUUUCCAAAUUCCUAAUAAAGACAACCUUUCUGAGCCGGACAGUCGUGCACUCACGAGUCCUGAGAAGAACCACAUCCCAGGGAAAUAGCAGGCCUGCGAUCCUCAG